AAGACACAUCUCGGACGUGUUCAUCAAAUAUCGCGCCAUAAGAUUUGAAUUUAUGAACGUGAUCUUCGGCGAGUUUAAUUUUACACUGUGUGUGUAAAAAUAAUUCUACUAAUACAAUAUAGAUUAUUGAAUAAGAAUCACAGAAUAAAUUAACAGAAACGAGGCAUGAGAAAUAGAUUAUUGAGGACUUUCCUAUUGAAUUUGAUGAUACUCGUCCCGUUGAUACUGGACAACAUGGUUCGAUCAGCGGCAGUAAAUAAUAGUAGGAUUUCAUUAUCUGAAGCAGUGAAAGCGUCCAACAUGUUUGUUUGCAAAAAACCACAAUCUCGAGCGUAUAAUCUGAAAGACUUGAUGCAAAACGUGCAUCAGAAUUCUGGAGAGAGUACCAUUCAACCCGUUUAUAUUAUCGUGAAGCGAUGCGAUGGACACUCCGGAUGCUGCACGAAUCCAGAUAUGAGUUGUUUACCUGUAAAAUCAGCGAUUUAUUACGAGGAGAUUGAAAUUGAGAUCUGGAGCUUCGAAACUAGUAACAGAAGACAAUGGAUUAGUGUGGAACAACAUGGUCAAUGUUCCUGUAAAAUUACCAGGAUCAUGGAUCGCUACCAAUUAGAACAUCAACAGCCUAACAUAACGCUAAUUUCAAAU